AUGCACAAAGCUAGUGGGGUCUCCAAGCCAGCGCUUGCUCUUUUGUUCUCUUCUCAUGCCAAAAAUCCAUCACUCACAAUCUGUCUCCCUCUUACACAUUUACCACUAUCACAGUUUCUCUUCAUCUUCCCUUCCCUUCCCUUCCAUUGCAUUACAAUGGCGGAGUCAACGUCCAUCUUCCCAUGCUUCCUCUUCCUUCUUUCUCUUUACCUCAUCAUAUCAAAUGGCGCUCACUCUUAUGACAAGAUGAACUUUAACUUGCAAAAGUCGCAGAAAAAACAACAUGGUACACCGGGAUGUCUCCUCCCCGAAUCAAGAAGGGAGAAAGGUGCUAUUAUACUGGAAAUGAAGGACAGGGGUCAGUGGUCAGGGAAAAAAACUAAUUGGCUUGAGAAACAAUUGGUACUGGAUGCUCUCCACGUUCGUUCAAUUCAAAAUCACAUUAGAAAAAAGACCUCUAGUCAUAUUCAAGAUUCCUCGGCAACCCAAGUUCCAUUAACUUCGGGCAUAAAACUCCAAACUCUUAACUACAUUGUGAGUUUGGGAUUGGGAAGCCAGAACAUGACCAUGAUAGUUGACACUGGAAGCGACUUAACAUGGGUCCAAUGCGAGCCUUGCCGAUCAUGUUACAAUCAGAAAGGACCUUUAUUCAAACCUUCUAACUCCUCUUCCUUUCAAUCAAUUCUGUGCAAUUCAACAACCUGUCAAUCUCUCCAAUCGAGCACUGGAAAUGCGGGAGCAUGUGACAGUAAUCCAUCAACUUGUGACUACGUGGUUAACUAUGGUGAUGGAUCAUACACUAGUGGUGAGCUGGGGGUUGAGAAGCUGAGUGUUGGAGGUAUUUCAGUGAGUGAUUUUGUGUUUGGUUGUGGAAGGAACAAUAAAGGACUAUUUGGAGGAGCCUCAGGCCUUAUGGGGUUGGGAAGAAGUGACCUCUCAAUGAUCUCUCAAACGAAUGCUACAUUUGGAGGAGUUUUUUCCUACUGCUUGCCUUCAACUCAAGCUGGAGCUUCUGGCUCACUGGUUAUGGGUAAUCAGAGUGAAGUUUCAAGAAAUGUUACUCCAAUUUCCUACACUAGGAUGGUUCCUAAUCUACAAUUAUCCAACUUUUAUAUACUGAACCUCACUGGAAUAGAUGUUGGAGGCGUGACUCUGCAAGCUUCAAGUUUUGGCAAUGGUGGGGUGAUACUUGAUUCCGGUACAGUGAUCACAAGACUGGCUCCAUCUGUUUACAAGGCUGUGAAGGCAAAGUUCUUGGAAGAGUUUUCUGGUUUCCCUUCAGCACCGGGGUUUUCAAUUUUGGAUACCUGCUUCAAUCUCACCGGGUAUGAGGAAGUAAACAUACCAACCAUCAGCAUGCAUUUUGAGGGCAAUGCUGAGCUGAAUGUGGAUGCAAGUGGCAUAUUCUAUUUAGUUAAAGAUGAUGAUGCUUCGAGGGUUUGUUUGGCGCUUGCUAGUCUUUCAGAUGAGUAUGAAAUGGGGAUCAUUGGAAACUAUCAGCAGAGGAAUCAAAGGGUCAUAUACGAUGCCAAACUCUCUCAGGUGGGAUUUGCUGCAGAACCUUGCAGCUUCACUUGA